AUGGAGUUUAGGGAGGAAGGAGAAGUAGAGCCAGUGAGCCCCACUGGCCAAUACUUCAACAGUUCUAUCUUAUCUGUUGCAAUUCUUGCUGUUUUGGAAUUUGAGCUUCCAAUCAAUGAUUCCCAAGCUCUCUCUUUGCUUCAAGAUGUCUUCCUCCCCAUCAACCCUCGCUUCUCUUCUAUCAUGGUAAGUGACAAUGUAGAUCAAAAGAAACAAUGGAAGAGGGUUGAAGUGAAGCUUGAAGACCAUGUUCAUGUCCCCAUUUUCCCUUCUAAAAUGUCACCAGAAUCCUAUGAUGAGUAUUUUGAUGACUACAUAUCAAAUAUAGCAGCAGAAAAACUCCCACAAAACAGGCCAUUAUGGGAAAUUCACAUUCUCAAGUACCCAACAAGCCACGCAGCUGGUACCCUGAUUUUCAAGCUUCACCAUGCCCUAGGUGAUGGCUACUCUCUAAUGGGUGCUCUUCUUUCUUGUCUGCAAAGUGCUCAAAACCCUUCUGUUCCUCUAACAUUUCCUUCCCUGAAGAGCUCAGGACCACAAACCACUCACAAGACUAAAAUUGUGUCUCAGUUUUUCUCUUCAGUUUUCCAAACUGUAUCGGAUUUCAGUUGGAGCAUUUUGAAGAGCAAUUUCGUAGAAGAUGAUCGAACUCCGAUUAGGUCUGGGGAAGAUGGAGUUGAGUUUCGGCCAAUAACACUAUCAACCUUGACGUUCUCCAUUGAUGAAAUCAAACGGAUCAAGAACAAACUUGGAGUGACGACAAAUGAUGUGAUUGCCGGAAUCAUCUUCUUGGGCACCAGAAUAUACAUGCAAGAGGUUACCAAAAAUCAAGCAAUGAACAUUGUACGGCAUUGGUGCUACUCAAUACCAGAAACAUCGAGGGUUACAUGCCAAUCAAUGAGAUGA